AUGUCUUACCCUGAACAUAGAGAAGAAAAUGGGCUCUCAAAUGGCAAGAUUUCUAACCCUUUACCUAUUGGUGUAGCCGCUGCACGACAAUUUUUCGAAAACGAAGAUCUGGCGACUAAGACGAUAAGUGAUGAAUUCAAGCUUCAAGGAAAGUGUGCUCUGGUGACGGGAGCAAAUGGAGGGUUAGGUCUAGAAAUGGCACUCGUUCUCGCAGAGCUAGGUGCGAUCGUCUAUGCCGUUGACUUGGCUGAAUCUCCUAGCAAGGAUUUUACUGCCUGCGCCAACUAUGCAAGGAAAAUGUUCUCGGGCUCAGUCGAUCGUGAUCGCAUGUACUACAGAAGAGUAGAUGUGACUGAUCAAACAGCCAUGCGAGACCUCUGUAAAUUAAUUGUAGACGCUGAAGGCACUUUGGAUGUGUGUGUCGCCGCUGCUGGUAUAUUACACGACGGUGGAAGUUGUUUAAAUCUGUCUGUGUCCGAUUUUCAGCGCGUGAUGGACGUAAAUACCAACGGCGUGUUCAUCACAGCGGCUGCAGCCGCUUCGGAAAUGGUCAAGCGCGAUAUAGGGGGCUCGAUCAUCAUGGUGGCUUCAAUGUCUGGGUCCAUAACAAACAAAGAUCAUGCUUGGAUAGCUUACAAUACUUCCAAGUCAGCUGUACUACAAAUGGCUCGUAGUAUGGCAUGCGAGCUUGGCUCGAGUCGAAUUCGAGUCAACAGCUUAUCUCCUGGUCAUGUUCGUACUGCGAUGACGCAGAAAUUCCUUGUGGAAAACCCAUUUUUGGAGGAAAAAUGGUCCAGCAUGAAUCCCCUAGGUCGGUUAGGGAAGGUGCAUGAAGUGAGAGGUGUAACGGCUUGGUUGGCGAGUGACGCAAGCAGUUUUUGUACUGGUUCAGACAUCAUUGUUUCUGGUGGUCAUCAUUCGUGGUAA